GCUCGCAGGAGGUCGAGAGAUUCCGCAGCCCUGUUAGACCUCUGGCUGCCUUUAGGAGCAGAAGGUAUUGCCUGUGGUUUGAAAUGCACUCUGUUUAAAUCGUCCCGCUGUGUUUGUAGUGCUGAGCGGACCGAUCUGCAGAAUUCCGGGAUCGUCUCGUCCCGGAGAAUAAGGAGAAUCAGUCGCUGACGGUCAUGAGCUCUGCAGGGCAGGGGAGGGGAGGAGGGGCAGGCCCAUUCUAUUGCAAGGCCCAAGAUGACCAGGAGGGGGUGCUCCGCUGGGAGCCAGAGCUGCAGAGUGGGCAGGUGGUCCUGGGGCUGACAGGCAAUAUCUUGGGCAGCGCGGGUCCUGGCUUCAACCUGGAGGCAGGGACAAGGAUACUGAGAGACAGGGGCAUACAGACGCUGACUGCUGUGCAGGUAGUGCUGUGUGUCCAGAGUGUGUACAGCCUGCUGUCUGCUGUGCACUAUUGCCAGGUGACCAGCGCAGAGCUGAGCGCCGACCUGCAGGGGGUGCUCCAGGACCUGGAGAUCCGGCGCUACAUCUUCCUCACCUCGCGGCUCUUCACCGCCGCUCUUGCCCUGGUGUGCUAUGUGUGCCUGUGGCUGAACCUGUACUGCAGUCUGCGGGCGCUUGGCGUGGCGAUGCACUGGUCACUGGGGGUGUGGGUCAGCCUGGCGUCAGCGCUGGGCACAGCAGGAGGGCUGCUCAUUUUGCACCGGCGCCGCUCACAGCUGAACGUCAACACCGAUGUCAGGAUGGCGGCUGUCAAUGAGAAGCUGCUCAAACACAACCUGCUGGCAGGACUGACAGGCUGCACAGACCGACACCCGACUGCGCUGAGACUGUGGAUGGUGCACUUUGACCUCUGUCCGUGCAGACAGGCCCUCGCUGAGCUGAUGGAGCACUGGAGCAGCUCUCAUCAGCUGGAGCUGCAGAGCCGUCUGAGCCAAGUGUGUGUGGUGGUCACCGGCUCUUCCAGCCAAUUGAAAGAGGAGGGGAAGGCGGGGCUUACAGAGGAGGUGCCCCUGCUGGCCAGUGUGGGCAGAGGGGGAGGUGCCAAGCAGCUGUCCGUCACUCAGUGUGUGCGUCUGAUACCCAAUGGGACACCACAGGAGCUGGCGGAGUGUCUCCUGCUGUCGUGGUCCGGAGUGUACGUCCGACUGCUGGUCCUGGGACAUCUCCCCUCGGCUCCCAGCCAGUCCCACGCCGGCCUCUCCCUCACUGCCUGUCCCUGCCAGCUGGUCCAGAGUGCCCUGCUGGACAGCAGUGUGCCCUGCUGCCCGGUGUAGCCUGCCCCCAGGCAUGGCCAUGGGCAGGCAGCGAAGGGCACUGCCCAGGGAGGAUCUGAAUGAUGUGCGUCCGUCUGCGUCUUUCGACCUCCCUGCUCUCUGUGUGCAUCUCCCCUGUCUCCCCCCCGUCUCCCCCAGUCUGCCCAGCCAGGACAGGUCUGUGUGUCAGCUGUCUCCCUCCUCCCUCGCAUUUUACCACUGUUACAACACAAACGCACGGUUUAGGGGCUUCUUUUAUUUUCAGGAACACCUCAAUAAUGUUUUACCAGUAAAUUAUUUUAUUUUGUUGUUUUUUCAACAGUGCAGUUCCUCUUGUGUGGUUUUGGGAUGCUCACUGUGUCACGAGUCCUGGGUUUCCACAGGCCGGACGAGCGCUGACUCACACGGA